CAAACGUCGACCCACAGGUGUCUCCACAAAGCACGUACGUGGACAUGGGGUUCACAUCAACGGUGGGGUCCAGAAUCCUUUUGUUAGUGAUCAGACAACUACAACGGCCGACUUCGUCUCACCUACCCAAUAGCCAGGUGGACGAUCGAGAUGACAUCAAGGUAGAAAUGGGCGAUGCACCAGCUUCGCAGUUUGCACGCUCUUGUCACGUGCGCAUCACCGACUGAGAGCUUAGCCCGUGAAUCCAAGAAUCCCCGGUCGCUCUUUUCCGCUUCCCCUCGCCUUCCACCCCUUAUCGAGGAAGAGAAAUCCAAGCUGUUCCAAAACCCUAGGUCUCCGUCCAUGGAGCCCGAGGAUAGGGAUAACCGCGUCGUUAGCUUCCUUUCUCCCACAGACUGUAUCUCGCUGCCUCCGCCGCCGCAAGAUGACAACGGAGGAGACGCCACGGCGGUCGGAGCCUGCGUCAUAGACGAGCCCCACCUCCUCCGCUCUCCUUUUGCCUAUGACGCCGCGGCGGCGGAAGAGACCCUGCCAAAGCGGAAGCGCGGGCGCCCGCGGAAGGCUCACGUUGCCGGAGGGAGAAAGACGGCAUCCAAGAGGGUGGAGGAAGUGUGUUUUGUAUGCUACGGAGGUGGUGAUCUCCUGGUGUGUGAUCGUAGGGGUUGUCUAAAGGGAUACCACCCGACGUGCGUCAACCGGGAUCAGGCCUUCUUUCAUUCGCAGAGUCGGUGGGAAUGUGGUUGGCAUACUUGCAGCAUUUGUAAAAAAGCUGCCACUUACAAGUGUUAUACCUGUACAUACUCCCUGUGCAAAGGUUGCAUUAGAGAAGCUAGAUAUUUUUGUGUAAGAGGCAGCAAGGGAUUCUGUGAGACUUGCUAUAGGACUACAAUAAUGAUAGAAUCAAAUGGGGAAUCUAAUGAGGAAAAGGGUCGGUUAGACUUUGAUAAUAGAAAUAGCUUGGAAUAUUUGUUCAAUGUGUAUUGGUUGACACUUAAAGGCAAGCUAUCGUUAACAUUAGAAGAGUUAGGUAAUGCUAAAGAUACAUGGAAAGGAUCUGGUACUUCUGUGUAUAAUGAGGAGACUUCUGAUGAGUUAUAUGAUGCUAAUGAUGAUGAAGAAGCUAGCUCUGACAGCUCUCCAGGAUGUGAUGAUGGUAGCAAUUCGUCAAGGAAAAAAAUUGGAGGACAUUCUAGGAAACCCACCGAUGUUGAAGGUCCUGCUGAUAAUGAGAAGAAAUCCUUGUCUGAAGACAGUGAAUGGGCUACACCUGAGCUCUUAGGACUUGUAGCACACAUGAAAAAUGGUGAUAAAUCUGUUAUGUCUCAGUUUGAUGUUCAGGCUCUUCUACUGGAGUACAUAAAGCAAAAUAAACUUCGUGAUCCUCAUAGAAAAAGUCAAAUUGUUUGUGAUACAAGACUAUAUAACUUGUUUGGGAAAGCACGGGUGGGACAUUUUGAAAUGUUAAAGCUUCUAGAGUCCCACUUUUUUAUCAAAGAAGCUUCACAGGCAAGCACUCAUGAUAACCAAGGGGGAACUGUAGAUUCUCAAUCUGGUCAGACUGAUGCUGAAGAAUACAAUAACAUAACAGGCAUUGUUUCUGAUAAGCGACAAAAAACCCGUAAAAGAGUUGAAAGAGAACCACAGUUCAAUCUUGAAGAUUAUGCAGCAAUAGAUGUCCACAACAUCAAUUUGAUUUACCUGCGUCGCAGUUUAAUGGAGGAUUUAAUUAAUGAUGAUAGUUUUAGCAAGAAAGUUGUUGGCUCUUUUGUUCGAAUAAGGAUUUCAGGUGCAGCAGGUCAAAAGCAAGAUAUGUAUCGACUUGUUCAAGUUAUGGGCACACAUGUGGUUGCAGAAAAAUACAAACUGGGAAAGAAGACAAUAGAUAUUGCAGUGGAGAUAUUGAAUUUAGACAAGAUAGAGAUCUUAUCUAUCGAUGCUCUUUCAAACCAGGAGUUUACAGAGGAGGAAUGCAAACGCUUGCGACAGAGCAUAAAAUGUGGGCUGAUUAGUCGGUUGACCGUGGGGGAUGUUCUACAAAAAGCCAAGGUUCUCCAAGAAGUAAGAGUCAAGGAUUGGUUGGAAAGCGAGAAGUCACGACUUGGUCACCUUCGUGAUCGGGCAAGCGAAACUGGUCGUAGAAAGGAGCUUAGAAAGUGCAUAGAAAAGUUGCAGGUUCUGAGCACACCUGAGGAACGCCAGCGUAGAGUUAAUGAAGUUCCAGAAAUACAUGUUGAUCCAAAUAUGGAUCCAAAUUACGAGUCCCUUGAGGAAGAAGCUGAUACUGAUAGAAAAGAUGCAAAUUAUUUUAUCAGGUCAAGGAAGAUCAAAGGAAAGGAGUUACUAUCUCCACACAAAGGAGGGUCAAUUUCAAAUUACCAUGCAGCAAAAGAUUCAAGUACCAGUUGGUUGUCUAAUAGAAAUACACAAGUAUUAGGUACAGAAGACAAGAUUGAAGCAGUAGUGUCCCCGGGUGAUCGAAAAAAUGAAGCUUCAUGGAGUGAUGGUAAUGUCGGCUGGAUCAGUUUGGAAACUCCAAAAGAACAUGCACAUUCAACAAAACUGGAGGCCAGUGUUUGGAACAGUAAGCAACUCGCUAAUGAAGUUCCACUUGCGUCAAACAUCGGCGAGGGUGAUAAGGUGUGGCACUACCAAGAUCCAUCUGGGAGAAUCCAAGGGCCUUUUUCAAUGAUGCAGUUGCACAAGUGGAGCUCCACUGGAUACUUUCCACAUUGUCUUAGGAUAUGGUUAACAUCCCAAAAGCAAGAAGAUUCUGUGUUAUUGACUGAUGUACUGCCGAAGAUCCUGAAGGAUUCACAACAAGAACCUCAACUUACUUGUUAUAGCCAGCCUGCAAAUCUUGCAGGUGCAACAGCUCAUACAAGACAUGAGUGGAAUAUAGGUUGGAGAGGGAACGAAAAUCCAGCAUUAGUAGGAUCGAAGCAAAAUGAUAGGCACUAUAUUGGAAACCAGAGUGAUAUUAUUAUAUCUGCUUCUGGUUGCAGUGUGUCAGAUGCUGUCAGAUAUGCCCCUCAGUCAGCAAACUACGGUGGACCAAACAGGGAGCUGAUGACUCACCAUGAAGGAAGAAUUGGGUUGUAUCCAAGAGUCUGGAAUACAUCAAAUGAUAUGAAUUCUUGGUAUGGUCAACCCACAAGUUAUAACAGCCCAGGCCCCAUUUCUUCAUUUUCUGGAAAUUCAUACAAUUUACCAGACCACCAGGUUGUACCAAAUCAGGCAGGAAAUGCUGAGAGAUGGAACAGGAACCAGGAUCAUGGAAGUUCAUGGAGCUCAAUCAGAUCCAGGCCCGUUGGACCAAGGGAUCAAAGUUAUGAAGAACGACAUUCUACUCGGAGCUUUUCUAGCCAAAAGUCUAAUCAAAAUUUUGCACAAUACUAAAAAAUCCUACCAGCAAGUAAUCUUGGAAGUCAAAUGAGCGAACGAUUCAUACAAUUUGCAUAUGCCUCGCUGCAGCCGAGAAACAUGAGCUGGACAAGUCAUCGUUGUGCAUCUGCUAUUACUUUUUAGAGAUCUUACUGGGAGACUACUCAAGUGCUGGGUUCAGUGGGUUGCAUCAGUUUGCAAUUGUGUACAUUGUAGCCAAGGGAAGUGCUUCAGUGAUGACUUCUACUGGAGGAGGUUGGUAAUCAUUUUCUUUAGUGUUUAACCAAGAUACAGCAUUGGAGGUCUGGGCUCAAGGCUUGCUGCAGGAAUAGCAGCUGCAGGUGCUAACCAGGUCGAUGAUUUGUGUUACUUUUAUGGACCAGCUGAAAAAAUGGAACAUUUCGAUUUGUGGUGCAACUGCUUUUAGUGUGUCCUAUAUGAAAAAGUAGUGAGAGAGAGAGAGAGAGAGAGAGAGAGAGAGAGAGAUUGGUCCGCCCCAGUUAACUGAACCUGAUAAUGGCAAGAACCAAAAGAAGCCUGUGGAACCCCAGAUGCAGAACGUCAGAAGGCUUAAGUUUUCAAGUUUGACCAUUUACAGAAAGGAUGGACCCUUCUACGAGGUAAAAUUUGUUACCGCACGCUACAAAAGAAAGAAUACAAGAACUCAAGUAACGUGUGAUUCUUUUGCAUCUUGGUCUCACAAAAACGUUGUCUAAACCUUUCUCCGCUUCCUGCUAAAGAUUUAUGCCACAACCAGUUCA